UUGACAGCAAACAGUUGGCGAACUUCAGACCCUUCAGACAUUAAACAUGAUGGCGAAUGGUUUCUUGUAAAACGUUCGAAAAUGUGUUUGAUUCUGUUGUAGGAUCAGAAUAUUUUUAGUUGUGUACAGUGAAAACGUUGAAAAUGACUUCUUUACAAUAUGUGGUGCACCCUUUGCCCGGCAGUGAGGAGCAAUUUAAUGACAGAUUGAAAGAAGUAGCAGAUAGAAUUAACAGAUUGGGACAGAACAUCCAUCCUGGACUCUCAAAUUUACGUACCGGUGUAAAACGCAUAUGCCUAGCACCAACAUAUAUAGCUUUAUUAUUAGAUGAUGGUAGAAUAUGUAGAGUAUCAUACAAUGUCCUAUCAGAUAGGCUAGAUUUGAGCAAAAAUGAGAAAAAGGGAUGUACUCGCAAUUUUGGCAGUAGCGGCACAGGAGGGGGGAGUGGUACAGGUGGAGGUGGUGGAAACAAACCCACAGGAGGAAGAGGUAUCAGAACUAGAGCCAGAAUAAUGAGAUCUAAUACAGCCAUUAGAGGAGGCAGCAAUAGUGCAGGUAGUAGAGGAGCCCCAGUUAUAAUUGGAUCCAGUUCAUCUAGCAGUGGCCGUCCUGUGGUCACUGUUCCAGCUCCUUAUGUUCCAGAAGAACUAAUAUCACAAGCACAAGUAGUUCUUCAAGGCAAAAGUCGAACUUUAAUAAUUAGAGAGUUACAGAGAACCAAUUUAGAUGUAAAUUUGGCAGUGAACAAUCUUCUUUCAAGAGACGAUGAAGAAGGUGAAGAAGGAGAUGAUGCUGCUGAUUCCUAUGUUCCAGAGGAUCUUAUUUCUCUGCUGGAUGGAGGUUUUCAUCCAGACCAUUCAGUUAUUAUUGAUGCAGACGCAAUGUUUUCUGAAGAUAUGUUUGGUUAUGCCGGUAUGAGAAACUUCAUUAACAGCCGCGGCAGCAGUAGUAGAAGCCGACUACCCGAUAGAGACGCUCCACCCAACAAUGUCAGCAACAGUUCCGACAGAGAUAGAGAGAAUUUUUCAAGAUGGCGUGAUAGACAGUAUUUUGGGCCCAGGAGAUGGUUGGAAUGUGCCUUGAGGGACAAUGCCUUCGAUAAGGAUGCUGAUCACAAGAAAAAGGACAACGCUUGUCCUCUAUGGAUCUCGGAUGACGUGGAGUUCUGGCCGGAACCCGCGCCCAAAUUUAUCCAAAUCGCAACUCUCUACAGUGAAUUAAUCGCCCUGUCGUCAAACGGGCAACUUUAUCAAUGGAAAUGGAACGAACACGAGACGUACAAACAUCCAGAAAAUCCCAAUAUUCACCACCCGAAAACUGUGCCAUUGGGCCUUGCUGGAGAGAAAGUCACUCAGUUGUCAGCCUGCUCCAUGCGAUGUUCGGUCGCUACGGAAUCGGGAAAAGUGGCCACGUGGCUCGACGAGCUGUUAGCACCCGCUUCUAGUAAAUUGGAGCAUGCUGCACAAGCGUACACCGAAUUCCAGACGGAUAAAAUCAUUGCCUUGCACACUUGUCCUUUGUACACAGUCGCCAGAUUGGAGAGUGGUAGUUUAUACUGGUGGGGUGUAUUGCCGUUCACUCAAAGAAAACGCCUCUGGGAAAAGUACCGCACAAAAUGCAGAAAACAACGACCUUCCAACAACCAAUCGGAAAUAGUCACUGGGUCUCAGGUCUGCAUGAAAAAUUGUCCGAUGUAUCAACCUGGUGCUAUCGGCUUUUGCGUCGCUAGUGGCAUUCCGAAAGUCGGUCAGUUACAAAAUGCCGCCUGGGCCUUAAGCGACUCGUGCACUUUCAAAAUCAUGAAUGUUGCUACCACUACUACAGAGAAGAGAAGCGAUAUUCCGACAGCUAGUUCAUUGGCAAAUUUGGGCAGCAAGACGACAACAAACAAAGAAAAUACUGAUAGGUUGGAUAUGCCCCCUCCACCAUCACCGGCCUCGAGCACUUGUAGUGACACAGGCAGUGUCAACAGCCACAAGCGUCAAAAGAGGACAGUAGUGGCAAGUUCGGAAUUAGGCAACGACCAAAAGAAAGACGAGGAAGAGUGGUUGCUUCGUGACGUGGUUUUCGUUGAAGAUGUCAGAAGUGUCCCGACGGGUAGAGUAUUAAAAGUGGACGGUGCCUAUGCUGCAGUCAGAUUCCCCUCUGCGCACACGAGAGAUUCUAAAGACGUCGACGAAAUCCUUCAAGAUUGCCGAUUAAUGAGAAAGGACGACUUACAAGUGAUCAAAUCGUCGUCGAAUUCCAGAGUUCCCGAUUGUUUCCAGAGAACUCCGAGACGCAUACAGAUUCCAGAAAACGGCGGCCAGAUUUUAACAGUCGCCGUAGAUGGCCAGGGCAUACACGCCAUCGUAAGGAAUGGCCCCAAACUGAGCUACGUCAUUUAUAACAUCAGCAGCGGACGCGUGGAACAAGAUAACCAAUUUCCUAGCGAAACUGCUGCUUUCAUGGGACUGUAUCCUUCCUACAUCAAUCUCACGUGCGCUGGAGAAAGCGCAGAAUCAAUCCUCAUUUUGCGCGACGGCAACAACACGAUCUACCCGCUGGCAAAAGAUUGCGCGGACGCCAUCAGAGACCCGCAGUUUUUGGACUUGCCCCCCGUCAAAUGUCUAACCACUGGCACUUUGGCUCUCUCCGGCACCGGUAACAAUCUGAAGAACCAGGUAGCCAUCGUCGUCUUUGCCUUAGAACAACAGUUGUUAAUGCCGAAAAUCUUGAGGUGCGAUUUGGACGGCGUGAGACAAGUUUUGGCCCAACUGGACAGCGAUCUCAAAUCGCAUAACGUCACAACCAAAUCGUUUUUGAGCGAAAGAUGCGAUGGCAACAGAAACAUUUUCCAUGCUGUCGUCAACAUGUGCACUCCUACUUCUAACAAAGACCCCGAAACAGAGCAACCCACUUUUGUGCAAGAAGAACAGAUUCCUGGUCCUACUUGGCCUCCAGAGUCGUUCGAUGUGACUUCGGGAGACGAGGAUAGUAUAAUGAGUUUGGGCAGUAGCGCCGCUAACAAAGGAAGUAACAAUCCUAAUCCACCAUCGAACAAUAUGGUCAUAGAUCCCGUUGAGAGAAGAUCGAAUGCCAUGCAGAUCCUGCACGCCCUUCUCUAUGAUUCUUCCGUUAUGGAACCACAUUUAAUCGAAAUGCUAUGCGCCAAGGAUGCCCAAGGACAGACACCUUUCAUGCUAGCCGUAUCCUCUAGAAGUUAUCCAGCAGCUCUAGAACUAUUCGAAAAGAUCAUUAAAUUGGGCACGGCUCAAGAACGCGAAGAAAUGAUAUUUCCCAAAGGCUCCAAUCCAGAUCAGUCUCCCCUUCAUGUGCUCUGUUGCAACGACACUUGCAGUUUUACAUGGACAGGUGCUGAACACAUCAACCAGGACAUUUUUGAAUGCAGAACUUGCGGUCUGACCGGCACACUUUGCUGCUGUACCGAAUGCGCCAGAGUGUGCCACAAAGGACACGAUUGUAAGCUGAAGAGAACUUCCCCUACGGCUUACUGCGAUUGCUGGGAGAAGUGUAAAUGCAAAGCUUUGAUAAUGGGCAACCAGACGGUCAGAUACGAGCUGCUGACGAGACUCGUCAAAGAGACAAACUUGGUGUGCUUGCCCAAUUCGAGGGGUGAGAGUAUUCUGCUGUUUUUGGUGCAAACGGUGGGAAGACAAAACCAGGAGCAGAGACAGUUUAGGAAUUCACGAUCCAGAACUGCAUCAUCCAAUUCUAGAAACAAAACGCCAUCAUCAGACACUGGAGUCUUCUGGAGUGUCUCUGUGGAAAAUUGGGUUGAAUCUGACAUGCCCGAACACGACUUGGAACCCCCGCGAUUCAGCCGCAGGGCUCUGGAGUGCCUCUUGGGAGACUGGAAAGCCGUUAAGAGCAUGAUCAUGUCUGGAGCCAAUGAAACCAAAGAGGGGCAGUACGAGGAUCAACCGUACGUCACUGGCCAAACGGGAACUACGCUAUUAGACAAAUUCACUCACUGCUUCUUCGUCAAGUGCCAAAUGGUUUUAGAUGUGUUACUAGAAACCAUCAUCAAAGAAAUGAAGAAUCCCGAUCCCAAAUUGAAAGAAACGGCGCACUUGGUGGCUAGGAGAUUCGUUAGGUCCGUCGUAAGGAUUUUCGUCAUAUUCAGCAUUGAAAUGGCUCCGAGCACCAACAAACGCCUGCGUAUCGGGCAAAACCUGCCGAACAAAUGCAAAAGAGUUUUUAGUUCCUUGUCGAAGUUGUCCAUUGAAGAAUUGUGCGAGACUGCUGAUUCAUUGAUCGCUCCAGUGAGGUUGGGAGUCGCCAGACCUACAGCUCCGUUUCCUUUGGCCACUUCACCCAAUGAUAUACUAAAUUGUUCCGAAGAAUUGUUCCUAGUGGAUCCUUUGGCUCCAUCGUCGGCGAACAGCGGCUCCAGAUCCAUUAGCAAUUCUCAGUCUUCAGAUAACUUUCCCUUCUUAGCGGAAGCCGUCAGAAGGGCCGUAGCCAGCAGAAACGACCUGUUGAAUGACAUCAAUGACGGAGAAAGUAUGGCCAUCGAUAACGACGAAGAUAACGCAUCGGAACACGACGACACGCCGGCGGACCGAGAACUACCGAUUGCCGUUCGGCAAUCUUCGCUAAACGAAAACGAAUCGCAGGAGGCGACCGCCGAUCAGCAGGAAAAUCGCCUGCAAGGCGAAGAGAGCGACCCAGAGCUCGAUCUAUUGGCCGAGACCGAAUCAGACAGCGACGACAACCACAGCAACCAAGACGCCGCUUCGGCGCAGCGAUCUGUGCAGACCGGAGCCACUGCUGGCUCUGAUACUGGUGGUAUGCUGUUAUUCCCCGAAGAUGAAAGUGGAGAAUCUUCGCAGCAGGAAGAAGAAGAAAGCGAGGCCGGUGAAACCGACGAACAAGAUACUGAGGAUUACACGCUAACCGACGAACAGUUGGAGAGACGAAGUAAUGCUGCUGGUCAUGGUCAGCGCACGAAUCUCGCUCCUCAAAACAUGCAGUGGGCCAUUCGGUCCAGGGAGGCAGGCAGAUCGCAGGGCGUUCGUUUACCAAACGGUUCUAAUUUGGUAUUUAUCGAUCCUAGUUCCCUUAGGAGAUCGACCACUGGAAGCACCACGGUACAGGCCAGCUCCGAACCCAUCACGAUGGCAACCACGGCCAGUUGUCUCGCCAGAGCUUUCGGCAUCGUUGUAAGGCAAAUAUCAUAUCUGUCUUACCUGAUACAAUACUUAAACCAGAUGCCUGCAUCACCAACUGAUAUGGAAGUGACACAAGACGACAUUUACAAUCUACAGAUCUACUUGGAAUUCCGUCUGAAACCGACUUGGGACUGGUUGUUGACAGUCAUGGACGCUACGGAAGCACAAUUGAAGUUCGGAGCUUCGUUGACCAACUCUUUGGAUCUGAACAGUCCUGGACAUCCCUUGAACACUGGAUCCAGUAGUUCAGGAGGUGGGCGUCGUAAUAUGCCUGCUACAUCUUUAGCUUCAUUAGUCGCCUCUAGUUCUACAAGCAGCAUUAGAACACACAGAACGCACACAGUAACAGGUAGCUCGACGAAUCCAUCCGGUAGCAGACUUGUUGGCUUCACCGCCAACGUAGAAAGUGGCAGAACUAGAAGCGAUAGAGAGAGUGGAGAUGCACACGCUGCUAGAAGAGAAUUUUUACUCUACUGUUUGUCUCUCAUGAGAGCCCACAAUAACGAACAUCUAGAUUCGCUGCCCGUUCUAGACGUUUCUGCCUUAAAACACGUCGCUUACGUUUUCGAUGCUCUGAUCUAUUAUAUGAAGUCAGGAUAUUCUGAUCUGAACGAUCCCGAUGCCAGGAGAGAAGGGUUGGCGCUGCCUAAUUGGAAUGAACCUGAUGAAACUGAAAAUGACGAAGCUGAGGAGGAUAUUGCAGUUGCUAUGGAUACUGAAUCGCUAGAUGACCAAGAUGUAUCCAAUUUGGCCAACAAUAUAUCAAAUACUCUGAACACUACUGCUGUCCAGAGUGGCACCGGAAAAGGAAGGAAACACUCGUUCUUCCAGAGAUCCGAAUCUACGUUAUGUCUCGGUUGUCCACCACCGGACCCAUUCGACACGCCACUAGCCGAGGCUCUACCCCUCGCAGACCAACCCCACUUGCUUCAGCCCAACGCCAGACGAGAAGAACUGUUCGGCAUUCCCAAACAGCCCGUCACUUUAACCUCGUGCGGUACUAACGCGGCAAAUCCUUUGGAAAAUCUACCUACGAAAUUGAGCCUGUCCACCAGAACUACCGAGUUCGCGAUGAGUCAACCCGCCAAGGCUAACCAUCCCAUUUCGAUCGUUAUGGGACCUAAUCCGUUGGUGUAUCCGCAGAACUAUCAAGUCGACGACGAGAACAGAUCGGUUCACAAGGAAACUAGUACUGUCGAUGCCUCAACGAGUACUUCGGUACCUAUACCGAAGCCACACGAAGAACUUCCUCAAGAUUUGUCGAGAUGCAGAGAUAAUCCAUCAGUCGAUAUGUUUUCCUUGAGCAGCGCAGAAAACCAGACUUUAUCCAGACCUCAGAUAAUUGUUUCUCCUAGAAAAUCUGAAAAUUCAUCGUCGAUUUCAAGUCACGAAUCGACCUCAUCUGGUGUAGCUUCUGGCGAAAGCAGCCUGGAAAUGUGCUCCCAAAGUAACGUCAGUGAGGAAGUAUCUGAUCAGGCAUUGACUUCUAGAAACCCCAGCAAGAGCGUCAUCGUUAGAGCACGAUCUUCGACUACCCAAAAACUCGAAGACACGGAAAUAUUGAUGUCCUCCAUGGACAUCUCCCAACCAGAAACAUUAGAAAACCAAGAAAUAUCCGCGAACGUAACUGUCGUGACGACACCAGUGAACGCCGAAGUUCCAAGACCAACUUUCGGCCAAUCAGUAUCACACGACCUACUUUUGGGCAGAUGGCGGCUUUCCCUGGAUCUUUUCGGGCGAGUAUUCAUGGAAGACGUAGGUCUAGAACCAGGAUCGAUCGUUUCCGAGUUGGGGGGAUUCCCAGUCAAAGAAGCCAAAUUCAGGAGAGACAUGGAAAAGCUGCGGAACAACCAACAGAGAGAUCUGACGUUGUCUAAGGUUGAACGAGACAGAACUCAACUGCUGAUCCAAACUUUCAAAGAACUAAACACCCAGUACAACAGUUACAACAGACGUACUUCGUCGUCUUCACCUCCUUUGGCAGUCAACAGGGUAAAGGUGACGUUCAAGGAUGAACCCGGAGAGGGCAGUGGCGUAGCUAGAAGUUUCUAUACCGCCAUCGCAGAAGCAAUUUUGUUAAAUGAAAAUUUACCCAAUUUGGAAAGUGCCCAAGUCGAUAAUAAAUAUUCGCAGUACAGUGUCUUGCAGAGGUUAAGGAGGGACAGGGAUGUGUUGAAGAGGAGCGUACCGCCAAGAAAUUGGAAUAAAACUAGACUUGCAUUUUCUAUAUUUAGGGAUCACCACCGUCGGACGAUGAGCGCCGAGGCGCGUCCGUUCACCCCUAUGGACAACAUCCACCAUUCCGAUGCCCCCUCGAUGCCGGACAUUUCUUCGGCGGCUAACAACCAACAGGGCGCCGCCAACGUCAACCAACCUCCGCCUCCGACCAGAAACGAACAUCUCACGACGCAGCAACAACAUCUCGGAGAAAGACUGUAUCCUAAAGUGCACAAUUUGCAUCCUACUUUCGCUGCUAGAAUUACAGGUAUGCUUUUAGAAUUGUCACCUGCGCAGCUUUUACUAUUGCUAGCAUCUGACGAAACGUUGAGAAGCAAGGUAGAAGAAGCUGUAGAGAUGAUCUUAGCCCACACACAUUCCCAGUCAGAGUUAACUACUGACGCUAUUCUCGAAGAAUCCCUUCAAGAUGAAGAGGACCUAGCUCCGUUGUUCUAUUGUCCAGGAAAACGAGGCUUUUAUGCUCCCAGACAAGGAAAAGCGACUUUUGAAAGGCUGAAUGCUUUCAGAAACGUCGGAAGAUUGUUGGGACUGUGCCUGCUCCAAAACGAACUUUGUCCUAUUUUCCUUACUAGACACGUACUCAAAUCCAUACUAGGUAGACCAGUUAAAUUCCACGAUUUGGCCUUCUUUGACUCAGUAGUGUACGAGUCUUUGAGGCAAUUGGUGGUUGAUGCGGAGACGAAAGAUAGUAACUGUUUUUUGUCGGCUCUAGAUCUUAACUUCACUAUCGAUCUGUGUCCAGAAGAAGGAGGUGGUACUGUAGAAUUAAUACCAGGCGGCAAAGAAAUCGAAGUAACUUCAAGUAAUGUUUACGAUUAUGUUAGGAAAUAUGCCAAUUAUAGGAUGAUAAAAGUACAAGAGAAAGCUAUAGAGAAUAUUAGAACUGGAGUUUUUGACGUCCUUCCGGAAGGUUCCUUGGACGGACUGACAGCUGAAGACUUACGACUUCUCCUAAAUGGAGUAGGAGAUAUCAACGUAGCCGUUCUAAUUUCGUAUACUUCGUUUAAUGACGAAUCUGGUGAAAACAGCGACCGACUAGUGAAAUUUAAGAGAUGGCUAUGGUCUAUCGUCGAGAAGAUGACUCACAUUGAACGACAGGAUUUGGUAUAUUUCUGGACCGGUUCUCCGGCCUUGCCAGCAAGCGAAGACGGCUUCCAGCCGAUGCCUUCAGUGACCAUCCGGCCGGCCGACGACGCCCAUUUGCCCACGGCAAACACAUGUAUAUCUCGACUAUAUAUCCCGUUAUACAGCAGUAGAACAGUCCUAAGGCAGAAACUGCUGCUCGCCAUCAAAACCAAGAAUUUCGGAUUCGUGUAAAUUUGGCAACAUUGUGAAACUAGAAACGCGACGAAAAAAAUAAUAGUUUAUGUUUUGGCAAUUUCGAAUCGGCGACUAUUCGAUGUGUCUCAAUAUUAUUAUAUUUGGAAUUUGUGAAUUGAUUCUUAUUUCAAAUUGUUUAUUUUAAGGUUUUGUAUAUAGGUCGAAUACAGUGGCACAAUGUA